AUGGUCCGAUUUCAUAGGUGGCGUGCUGCGUGCAUUCACCUUCAUACCAGCCUUGACCCCACGGCGUUUAGCCGGGCGGUCGAAGGUGCAGGGACAUCGAAGUCCGAGCAGUUCUGGCAACGACCCAGUGGAUCAUUGCUGCUGCUGCAUUUGAUGCUGCGUCUAUUACAGAAGUCGCCUACACGCCACAGAUACGGUCAGCUCCCAAACUUAACGAAGAUGAAGCGGAGCAUGCAUUCGGAAUGGAGCUGGAGUCGAAAGUGA